CCACACGGUUGAAUUAUCAGGUAACACCGGAAGUUUCGCCGUUGGCGCGAAUAACAACAACAGGAUUUUUGUAAAGUUUACCAAGCUGCUAUCAUUAAAUUAUUACAAAGUUUAUAUAAGUGUGUUAAAUACUGUGGAUAAUUAUAACCGUUCGUUUAUGAUAAUAUGUGUACUUAUUAAUUGUACAGCAUUGUUUACGUUAUAUAUGCGUGUUUGAAUGUUAGCUAACCAGUCCCCUUGGAGUAGGUUAAUGCGUUGUCUUUAAACAUCCAUUGUAAGGGCAGGCUAUGUUUAAAGUAACGUUAGCGUUGGAUAAUUUGUCACCGUUAGAUUAUAUUUCGAUGAGUUUCUUGUUGACAAGCCAUACUGACGUUAAGCUAGUACUCAAAUGACAAGUUGGCGAACACAAUAGUUAGUGUCAGAGUAUCGACACUGGCUCUUUCGUUUUCUGACAGACCUACAAGAGAAGUUCACCAUGUCCAAAGGAGACAAGGAAUGUUUCAUUGUGAAGUUUGUGGAGAGCAAAACACACCAAACAGAGUAUGCUGCCAAGGCUUAUGAGGCCAUUUUGGAGCUGAAGUCUGACAAGCACUUGAAAAGAAUCGAUGAAGAUGCUGUUUUACAAAUGGACCAAAAGGACAAGUCUCUGUUUGUCUUCAGCAGUUUCACCACCCCAGCCUUUCUGCAUUGCAAAAAGCUUGGCUGUCGUGUAGUAAGUCCACUGGUGGUGCUGUACUGCCUGAAGCAGCAGCAUUGUGUCCCCAAAGCGGAGAAGCCCGUCUACAACAUGGCCAUGGCUGACAUCACUAUUUCCUGCACCAGCCUGGAUAAACCAACACGGACAGAGGUGAUGGAUCUGGUGCAACUCAUGGGAGGACGGGUCUAUCUUGAUCUAAAUGUAUCUGUCACACACCUCUUAGCAGGAGAGGUGGGCAGUAAGAAAUACCUGGUAGCUGCCAGCCUGGCUAAACCCAUUCUGCUGCCCACUUGGGUCAAAGCCUGCUGGGAAAAAUCUCAGGACAGUCUUUUCAGGUAUACAGAUCUACCCAUAGAGGACUAUCUGUGCCCUGUGCUGCGCGGCUGCACUGUGUGUGUGACAGGCCUCUCCAGCACGGAGCGGAAAGAGGUGCAGCGACUCUGUGAUCAGCACGGGGCCAACUACACCGGUCAGCUGAAAAUGAAUGAGUGUACACACCUUAUCGUUAGCGAGCCAUCAGGUCAGAAGUACGAGUGUGCGAGGAAGUGGAACGUGUAUUGCGUGUCUCUACACUGGCUGUUUGACAGCAUAGAAAAGGGCUUUUGUCAAGAUGAGAGCAGGUACACUGUGGACCGUAACGCGUCAAAGACCACUCGACCACACACGUCCACCCCCACUGGCAGCAACAAGAAGGAGGAAGGUUCAUCUCUGUUGGGUUUAAGCCACAUCUCUGUCAAUGCUAGCAUGACAAUAAAUGACACAGCCCUCACCAACGCCACCAUCAGCCGCCUGGAAGGUCCUGACCCCAUAGAUACUCUGGAUCUCACCGUAUGCCCGGCUGAUGACAUACUGGACGGCUGUAAGCUGUAUCUGUGCGGCCUGCCGGGGAAGAAACUGGAGAAGCUGCGGCGUCUUGUGAAUGCUGCAGGAGGUCUGCGCUUCAACCAGCCCAGUGAGGAUCUCACACACGUGGUCAUGGGAGACCUGGACCACGACUUCAAGGUGUUUCUGGCCAAGUCAACACACAGGCCGCAUGUAGUAACAGUGCAGUGGCUGCUGGACAGUUAUACUAAAGGCAGUCUACUCCCAGAAGCGAGCUACCUCCACCCAGACUGUCUGCCUCCCUCUACACCUUCUGUAUCCGUUCCUGCCCAUCACAUCCCCCCCUCCCGUUUCUCAGCCGGUCCCCCUGCAGCAAGUCCCAGCACACCCAGGCAAACAAGAGCAGAGGAAGAUCUGCUCUCUCAGUACAUGGAUGAUGACCCUACAGUAGUGGACAUGCACCCACCAGCAGAGGGCAACAGCAGGAAGUCCAUCAGUAUGUCUGCUGAUCAUUGGGCACCCAACCACACCAGAGGACCAGAGCCGGACUCCACCCUGCAUGAAGCCAGCGAGGCGGGACUGUUCUUUGGGAAAUGUUUCCUUCUCGUGGGCUUUGGCGCUGAGGCCGAGGCCCAGCUCUCUGUCCUGGUGACAGAAAACGGAGGAAGAGUGCUGAUUGGCCGAACACGUGUGGUGGCAGACUACGCCGUGGUCCCACUGCUGGGCUGUUCAGUGGAGGCCACAGUGGACGAGGUGGUCACUGAUACCUGGCUGGCCAUGUGUGUGGAAAAGGAGAGUGUUCUGCCGCUGUCCUCCAACCCUUUGUUCACAGCUGUUCCUGUGAUGGACGGACGUCUUCCUCUCAAAGAUUGUGUUCUGUCUGUCAGCCAGUUCACAGGAGCAGAGAGGGAGUCUUUGGUGGAGCUGGCCAAGCACCUGGGAGCAAAUGUCCAGGAUUACUUUGUGCGCCUGGCCAAUCAGAAGAAAGGCAUGCUGGCCAGCUCCCAUCUAGUGCUGCAGACCCCUGAAGGCACAAAGUACCAGGCAGCGAAGAAAUGGGGGUUUCCAGCCGUCACCAUGUACUGGUUACUGGAAUCUGCUCGGACCGGCAGGAGGGCAGAGGAGGGGAGGUUCCUAGUUGACCUGCCACCCUCACCAGAGAGAGAUGAUGAGAGUUUUGUCGGUGGGUCCCAGAAGCCAAGCAUGCCCCCCCCAGCAUGUGUGUCCCCAGAGAUCCCUUUGCUGGGUGUCCAAAGCGGUAAGGCCGUUACCCCGCUCGAUUUGGGUCGCUUCAAGAGCAAAGUGUUCCGCUCCGUGUUGGACGAGAUGAAGCCCAAAGAUGAGAUCAGCACCCCCAAACAAAGCAAGGAAGGCGGCAGAAGGAACCCGCUUCAGAAGGAACCCUCUCUGCAGCUGGACACCCCCUCCCGCUUCCUCAGCAGAGACCAGCUGUUCAGGCCCUCUUUCAACGUUAAGGAUGCACUAGGAGCAUUGGAGACUCCAGGGGGGAGAUCCAAACCAGGAGAGAGGGUGGACACUCCGCUGACUGAUGUCAUCAACAGGAACCUGAAGGUGGCUCUUGCCAAUAGCUCCCGAACCAGCGCGUCAGAUAUGCAAGCCAUUUCUGCCAGCCCCGUAUUUACCAAGACCACUGAGAAGGAGGUCCCAAAAAAGCAAUCUGGUCCUCUGGCUGGUGUUGUGAUCUGUGUGGGAAAGAAGCUGAGCAAAAUGCAGGGAGAGCUCAACGGCAUCGCUGCCUCGCUCGGAGCUGACUUCAGGUGGGCUUGUGACGAUACAGUGACACACUACAUCUACCAGGGCCGAGUGGGCGAUAACACCCGGGAAUACAGAGGAGUGAAGGAGAGAGGACUGCACGUGGUCUCCCAGUGCUGGAUGGAGGCGUGUGCUGAGGAGCAGAGGCAUGUCGCAGAGUCUCUAUAUCCGUUCACCUACAACCCCAAGAUGAGCCUGACCCUCAGCCAGGUGCCCAACAACUCUCAGAGGUCUCCACCUUUCACAAGACUACAACUCCAAGACAUCACUGAGGCCAAGGACAACAAGAGUGAACACAUUGCCCCAGAAGAGACCACACCAUUACGCCGCGUAAGUGAUGGAAGCGUAAAUCAAGACGAGAUGAAUGAUACUACAGAAAGAACUGAUAUUUCAGAGACCCUAGAAAUGAGGGUGAACCUUCAAAAGCAGCUCCAGGAGAUCAUGUCGGCCACCAAGCUGACGACAGGGAGGCGGACAUCAGUCAGACUCAGCAGGGUGGGAUCAGGAGGGGCCGACUCGGGCCCCCAGACUCCUGAUCGGUUUGGACGCUGCGGGAGCCGACGUACCCUGGAAGCUCUGAGGGUCUCCAGAGAAGCAGCUAUGGACAUAAACACGGAGCCAUCUCAGAGUGAACAGAUCGUUUGGGAUGACCCUACAGCGCGGGAGGAGAGGGCCAAGCUGGCGGAUAAUUUGCAGUGGCCUGGGAGUCCCUCCCAAUACUCUGAGCCUCUCGCACCUCCCCCUCCUCCCCCUGCAGAACACGUCUCUGUGCUCAGGGACUCCAUGACGGACUCUGAGCUGGUGGAGAUGGCUGCUUGUGAUGUCAUCGACCAGCACAUGGGCCAGAGAGUCACCACGCCUCCAUUAGAGGAGCCAGAAAUGGACAUCCUCACUCCUAAAGCCCCCAGCAUCGCCUUCCCUCUCGCCAACCCUCCAGUAGCGCCAGAGCCACAGGAGGAAGAGAAGCAGCCACCCAGAUUCCAGCUUUCCUCCCUCAGCCCUCAGGAGCGCAUCGACUACAGUCACCUCAUAGAGGAGCUUGGCGGUGUAGUCCUGGACAAGCAGUCCUUCGACCCCAGCUGCUCACACAUCAUCGUAGGGACUCCUCUGAGGAAUGAGAAGUACCUGGCAGCGAUGGCGGCGGGCAAAUGGAUCCUGCACCGCUCGUACCUGGAGGCCUGCCGCUCCGUUGAUCGCUUCAUCCAGGAGGAUGAGUAUGAGUGGGGCAGCAGCUCCAUCCUGGAUGCGUUGCCCUCCAUCACCUCGCAGCAGAGGAGGCUGGCGUUUGCUGCCAUGCGCUGGAGAAAAACCCUGCAAGGGCGCUCGGAGCAGGAGGGAGCCUUCAGUGGAUGGACGGUCAUGCUGAACAUCGAUCAGAGCAGAGAAUCAGGCUUCAGGCGGUUACUGCAGUCUGGCAGGGCAAAGGUCCUGCCGAGUCCCUCUCCGUCCCUGUACAAGGAGACCACCCACCUGUUCGCAGACUUCAGUCGGCUGAAGCCCGGAGACUUCCGAGUGGACGUGUCAGAGGCUACCUCGCAGGGGGUCACAUGCUUAAAGCCCGAGUACAUCGCAGACUACCUCAUGCAGGAACCCACCCCGCCCAUCGAGCUGUACUUCCUGACAGAAGCUUCCACUGAAGAAACUCCAGGCACUCCGUCACGUAAACGCAAAGCAGCAGCCGACAACGCCAAGCUGAAAAAAACACGUCUGAACUAAAAUGUCACCACUAAAUAUUAUCAUAAAAAAAUUCCCAUAUCUAUGAUUGUAAAUAAGAUUUUUUUAUAUCAAAAAUAAAAAUAAAUGUAGCAUUUG